UAAACAAAGAGUUUCGAAUCGGGAAACUCAGUCGUAUUUGCAAACUUACUUUGAGCAAAGCUCAACACAAUUUUCGAAUCGCGGUGCUAAUUAGUUAAUACAAAUGCACAAUAAAGCAAUGUUGAAUCAAUUCAAGCUAAUUUUGCUGCUGAUUUUCCCCUUGAGCAGCUUUGCUCUUCGCGAAUGCACAUCGACUGAGCUUUGUAUCACCGAACAACGUUGCAAUGAGACAGACGAUUCUGGCCGCGGUUUGCUGGGACCCCGCACAUUGGAUAACAGUUGUGGCUUCGGACUCGUCUGCUGCGACAAGGAACAGCUGGAGAGCUAUGAAGCCACCUUAGCUCAGAAGCUUCUCAACGAGCAGAAAGCAGCUACAACAGCAUCGCCUCCGCCUUUGAAUCUUGACUUUAAGCUCGAUUACGACACCUGCGAUACAAACAAACUGUGUGUGCCAAGACAUCUCUGCAGAUCUGGUCUGGUCAACGAAGAUGGUCGCUAUAUAAUUAAAGCACGCAUCGAUGACACCAGCAAUUUUGGCUGUUCCAUAUUCGAGAGUUGUUGCCCUCCCGGCGAUCAGAUAGACGAAAGCGAGAAUCCCAUGCUGCGCCAUCUGCAGCAGUUCCAGUACAAGGGCUGCGGCUAUAGCAAUCCGAAAGGACUCUACUACGCCUUGGAGGGCUACAGCAACCAUGAAGCACACUACGCCGAGUACCCCUGGAUGGUCGCAGUGACUGACAUGCAGGCAAAGUACGUCUGUGGCGGCACCUUGAUACAUCCCCAGCUGGUGCUGACCAGUGCCCACAAUGUGGCCAACCACAGCUCGGACUCGUUGUUGGUCCGGGCGGGGGAAUACGACUUGAGCAGUCAGCGGGAACCGCAUGCUUAUCAGACGCGACGCCUGCGACAUUUGUGGCGCCACGAGCUGUUCAACAAACUGAACUUUCACAAUGACAUGGCACUGAUGGUGCUUGAGCAACCUUUUCGGCUGGCGCCGCACAUUCAGCCACUCUGUUUGCCGCCAGUCGAGAAUGUCAUCGUGCAGGAGGCGAUGCGGGAGGCGCAAUGCUUUGCCAUUGGCUGGGGGAAUUCGCGCAAUAACACGAAUCCAAUGGACCGCCUUCUGAAAAGCAUUGAUCUGCCCAUCGUCGAGCAUGAGCACUGCCAGCGACUGCUGCGCAUCACAAUUCUCGGCAGACGCUUCAAGUUACACCCAAGUUUCGUCUGUGCCGGUGGUGUGCAGGGCAAAGACACUUGCGAAGGAGAUGGCGGAUCGCCUUUGUUCUGCAGCAUGGCUGGGCAACCGAAUCGCUUCCAGCUCGCUGGCAUCGUCUCCUGGGGCAUUGAGUGUGCCGAAAAGGACAUUCCAGCUGCCUACACGAAUGUGGCAUAUCUCCGCAACUGGAUCGAUGAGCAGAUUACAAGGGCUGGCCUCAAUCUGGACGAAGUCUAGAUUUAAUAUUCAAUAUUCCCAAUGUAUUCGCAUUUUGAAACGUUUAUAUAAAAUACAGAAAAGUUCAAGCAUCA